AUGGCCCGGAGACCCCGGCACAGCAUAUACAGUAGCGAUGAGGACGAUGAAGACAUUGACAUGUGUGACCAUGAUUAUGAUGGACUGCUUCCCAAAUCUGGAAAGCGUCACUUGGGGAAAACUAGGUGGACCAGGGAAGAGGAUGAAAAGCUGAAGAAGCUGGUGGAACAGAAUGGGACAGAUGACUGGAAAGUGAUCGCCAAUUACCUGCCGAACCGGACAGAUGUGCAGUGUCAACACCGGUGGCAGAAGGUGCUAAACCCUGAACUCAUCAAGGGUCCCUGGACCAAAGAAGAAGAUCAGAGAGUGAUCGAGCUAGUACAGAAAUACGGCCCGAAACGUUGGUCCGUGAUUGCCAAGCAUUUAAAAGGGAGGAUUGGAAAACAGUGUAGGGAGAGGUGGCACAACCACUUGAAUCCAGAAGUUAAGAAAACCUCCUGGACAGAAGAGGAAGACAGAAUCAUUUACCAAGCACACAAGAGACUGGGGAACAGAUGGGCCGAAAUCGCAAAGCUACUGCCUGGACGGACUGAUAAUGCUAUCAAGAAUCACUGGAAUUCCACCAUGCGCCGGAAGGUGGAACAGGAAGGCUACCUGCAGGAGCCUUCCAAAGCCAGUCAGCCACCAGUGGCCGCCAGCUUCCCAAAGAACAAUCAUCUGAUGGGGUUUGCUCAUGCUUCGCCUUCAUCUCAGCUCUCUCCAACUGGCCAGCCGUCAGUCAACAGCGACUAUCCCUACUACCACAUUUCCGAAGCACAAAAUGUCUCCAGUCACGUUCCAUAUCCUGUAGCGUUGCAUGUAAAUAUAGUCAAUGUCCCUCAGCCAGCUGCUGCAGCCAUACAGAGACACUAUAAUGAUGAAGACCCCGAGAAAGAAAAGCGAAUAAAGGAAUUAGAAUUGCUCCUGAUGUCAACGGAAAAUGAGCUCAAAGGACAGCAGACGUUACCAACACAGAACCAUACUUGCAGCUACCCCGGGUGGCACAGCACCUCCAUUGUGGACCAGACCAGACCUCAUGGAGACAGUGCACCUGUUUCCUGUUUGGGAGACCACCACUCCUCCACUCCUUCUCUGCCUGCAGAUCCUGGCUCUCUACCUGAAGAAAGCGCCUCACCAGCCAGGUGCAUGAUCGUCCACCAGGGCACCAUUCUGGAUAACGUUAAGAACCUCUUAGAAUUUGCAGAAACACUCCAAUUUAUAGAUUCUGAUUCUUCAUGGUGUGAUCUCAGCAGUUUUGCAUUCUCUGAAGAAGAAGAAGCAGCUUUUUCACGUAGCCAACAGCACACAGGCAAAGCCUUCCAGCUUCAGCAAAGAGAGGGCCAUGGGACUAGACCUUCAGGAGAGCCUGGCCUGAGGGUGAACAGCCCGGUGCUGAGCCAGGAGGCAUCCCUUGGCCCAGCCAAGGCCUUACCUCUUGCAAGGCACAACAUUGUUCCACUGGUCAUCCUUCGAAAAAAGUGGGGCCAGGACAGCCCCUUAGCCACGGGAGACUCUAGCUCCUUCCUCUUUGCUGACAUCAGCAGCUCAACUCCCAAGCGUUCCCCUGUCAAAGGCUUACCCUUCUCUCCCACUCAGUUCUUGAACACUCCCAGCAACCACGAAAACUCGGCCUUAGAAGGGCCUUCCUUACCCUCCACUCCUCUCAGCGGUCACAAACUGACAACACCGUGUCACAGAGACCAGACUGUGAAACCCCAGAAGGAAAAUUCCGUCUUUAGAACUCCAGCUAUCAAAAGGUCAAUCCUUGAAAGCUCCCCGAGGACACCCACGCCAUUCAAACACGCACUCGCCGCUCAAGAAAUCAAAUACGGUCCCCUGAAGAUGCUACCUCAGACACCCUCUCACUUGGUGGAAGACCUGCAGGAUGUGAUCAAGCAGGAAUCUGACGAAUCAGGAGUUGUUGCUGAGUUUCAAGAGAAUGGACCCCCACUACUGAAGAAAAUCAAGCAGGAGGUGGAGUCACCAACUGAUAAAGCAGGAAAUUUCUUCUGCUCAAACCACUGGGAAGGGAACAGUCUGAGCGCCCAGCUGUUCGCUCAGGCGUCUCCUGUGGCAGAUACCCCGAAUAUUCUUACAAGCUCUGUUUUAAUGACGUCGGUGUCAGAAGACGAAGACAAUGUUCUCAAAGCAUUCACAGCACCUAAAAACAGGCCCUUGGUGGGUCCCUUACAGCCCUGCAGUGGUGGUGCCUGGGAACCAGCAUCCUGUGGGAAGACAGAGGAUCAGAUGACCGUCUCCGGUCAGGCUCGAAAAUAUGUGAGCACAUUCUCAGCUCGGACUCUGGUCAUGUGAGACAUUUCCAGAAAAGCAUUAUGGUUUUCAGAACACUUCAAGUUACCUUGUGAUAUAUCAUUCCUCAACAUGGAGCGCUUCAUGAUUGAGAGAAGAACCUAUUUUUGUUGUUGUUACAACAGUUGAGAACAGCACC